AUGACGCUGAAGCCGAGCCAGCCUGAAGUGACGAUGAGCACAACGCUAGUGCCGUACCACAACAACACACAUUACACGACGUACCUGUACCCUUCAAAGAAGCCGCCCGACGUCAGGAACACCACACUCAAAGUGGAAGUCAGAGAUGCGAACAAUAGCGGAGACUUUAUGAAGCUAGUCGAAGACUUUAGUGACUAUUUUUACGGUAACACGUCCCAUGACUUUAGUACCAACUCUUCAAUAGAUUUGGCCGAUGUGUACGGUUACACAAACUGUAGUUAUAAUGGUACCUUUAAUAUAUCAUGUUUUAAUAGGCAAGUGGACGAUUCUGAGCAGAAUUUGUGGGCGUUAUUGCUGUUGAUAUUUCCAUUCUUCACGUUGUUCGGUAAUGUGUUAGUGAUUAUGAGUGUGGUGAGGGAGAGGACGCUGCAGACAGUGACUAAUUAUUUUAUAGUGAGCUUGGCGGUCGCGGAUCUACUGGUGGCAGUCGUCGUCAUGCCCUUCGGAGUUUAUUAUUUGGUAAGUGGUAAAUUUAAGAAGUGA